AAAGAUUGAGUUUACCAUAAAACCCGUCCGGGCACCACGUGACUUCCUUUCCGGUCUAACCUGACAACAUGGACGCCAGCCGCGUGCAGCCGAUCAAGCUUGCAAGAGUCACCAAGGUUCUCGGAAGAACCGGGUCCCAGGGACAAUGUACACAGGUCCGUGUUGAGUUCAUGGACGACAGCAACCGCUCCAUCAUCAGGAACGUGAAAGGCCCAGUCAGAGAAGGAGAUGUGCUGACACUUCUGGAGUCUGAGAGAGAAGCCAGGAGGCUGCGAUAGGGCCGCUGAAACUGAGGUGCCAAUUCAACGCUGUGUCAUCAGUUUCAUCUGCAGUGAACUUCCAUCUUGCUUGUUCAGAUGUUUUGAAAUAAAUUUGGGUAUUAAGAUGA